AUGCUGGCUCGAGCUUCUGGAGCAGCGAAAAACGCUCGACUCCCGACGCAGCAGCUUUCCCUCUCCAAGGUCACCAGAACCCCAUCGCCAUCACCACAAGAAUCCUUCACGAUGCUUUGGUUCGGUGCUACCCCGCUCAAGAAAUUCCCGGCGCCUAUAUUGCGUCCGAUGGCCCCGUUCAUUGCCGCCGCCCUCGUAAUCGGCUACGGCGUCAACUCGAUUCAGAAUUCCAUGAUGAACUCCGACGAGUUCAAGAAUGACCCUCGCAACCCCAACGCAAAGGCCGGCUCCCACUAG